AGGAAGAUGAGCCGUGAACUUCAUUUUGAAAGAGUCGGGCCAGAGGCGGUGAUAUAUUUAUUGCUGGUGUCGGAACCAGCGGGAACAGAAGCACGCGGAUCCUGUCUGCGGUAUUACGUCACAUAUCAAGCCAAUGAGGACUGUUGCAGUCCUUGGAGGGGGGAUUGGGGGAUUGGCAGCAUCUUACUACCUGUGCAAGAGCCCCCAGGUUACCAAGGUCAUCGUUUUAGAGUCCAGCAGCCGUUUCGGAGGUUGGCUGUGGUCCACCAGGAGGUCAGAUGGAGCGGUGUUCGAACAUGGACCCAGAGGGAUUCGACCUGCUGGGGCGGUGGGACGCAACACACUCAAUAUGGUGGAGGACCUGGGUCUUGCGGGAGAGAUUCUGCCGGUCACCUACAGUCACGUGGCCUCCAAGAACAGAUACCUGUACGUCAACAGACAGCUGCACAGGAUGCCCUCAGGAGUGAGUGGACUUCUGCGGACAGUCCCACCCUUCUCUCGUCCCCUCAUCAUGAGUGUUGCCAUGGAGAUACUGGCGAAGAGGAGCAAGGAGGAGGACGAGUCUGUCCAUUCAUUUGUUUCCAGGAGGCUGGGAAAGGAGCUGGCAGACAUAGCUGUGGACAGUUUGUGUCGCGGUGUGUUUGCAGGAGACUGCAGGAAGUUGAGUGUGCGAUCUUGUUUUCCUCCUUUAUACAACGCCGAGCAGAGCCGAGGUUCCCUGACACUGGGCUUGCUGCUGGGCUCAGGUCCGGCUCCGGUGGUCCCCCCUGGCCCUCUGGCUCAGAGAUCUGUUAAAGAAUCGUGGGCUCAGUGGUCCCUGAGAAGGGGGGUUGAGUCCUUCCCAGAAUCCAUCACUGACUACCUACAACAAAGCCGGAGAGUCCAGCUUCACAGAGAAGCAGCUGUGAAACACAUCUGUCCUUCAGCCUCUGGAUGGAAGAUCCAUUUGGAGGAUGGAGUCAUAUCAGCUGAUCACAUCAUCUCUGCUCUUCCUGCUAAAGCCCUGUCCUCAGCCCUGCCGUCCUCCUGUCAGCCUCUCAUCCAGGAGCUACAGGACAUCUCCACGGUAACUGUCGCUGUGGUAAAUCUGGAGUACGAUGGUUCCAUCCUGCCUGUAACGGGGUUUGGUCACCUGGUUCCAUCAUCAGAGGAUCGGGGUCUGCUGGGGGUCGUCUACGACUCUGUUCCCUUCCCUCAACACAACAGGCCUAAUGGACCGACUACGAGACUGACGGUGAUGAUGGGCGGGGCCUGGUUCCAGGAAGAGUUUGGGGCCCCAGAAGCAGUGACAGAGGAGCGUCUUUUAGCCAGAGCCACUGAGGCGGUGCGCAGCCACCUGGGAGUCACCACAGCACCCAGCUGGAGUCGGGUGACACUACAAAAGGACUGUAUACCUCAGUAUUACCAAGGACACUUUCGGAGAGUAGAGUCGAUGCGGAGCUUCAUAAGGAAGAAUAAUCUUUCGCUGUCUCUGAUUGGCUCCUCCUAUGAUGGCGUGUCAGUGAAUGAUGUCAUCUUCAGUGGACGGACAGCUGUAGAGGAGUUGUUGGGGACUGUAGUUUGAUGGGAGUGGCUCAGCACUGGAACAAGUGUUGCCCUGCAGAUGUACACAUAUAAUAACAUUGUAUUUAUCUUGGGGGCAUGAAGGCAGAUGCUCGUGUCCCAUUGAGGAUUCAUCUCCAAAGCUUUUUUUUUUCAGCGCAGCAUUUGGACUUCCGCAGUGAUUGUCAUCCGUGUGACAGACCACUGCCCACUGCACACUUGAACACCAGUAACCAUCAUCUUUCUACCCAUAAUGCCUCCUGCUUCUUAACUAGCACCUGCAGCAGCCUGUGGUGACUCUGUUGUUUACAGGUCAGCUUCACCUGGAAAUGUCAACACUGGUCUGUAUAGACAGCGAGGCCUUGUCCACAUGUCCACAGGUAUUUAUUAAAACGGGGGUUUUCCUCCUUUGUUCUUCAGAAACAUCCCAUCUACACAAGAACUUAUUGAUUGAAAACAAAAAAGAGAGACCUGAAAUGCAGUUUGUGGACGAAAGGUCAAAACGCGGAGACAGAUGUUAAUGUGUUGUAAUAUCACAGUGCCUAAAUAAUGAGAGGCUGUGUAAAUCCAUGCAGUGUCAAGAGUGUGUCAUGAAGUGUGUGAGUGUGUCAGCCAAGAAGGCUGGGAAGCACUGAUAGAAAUAAAAUGAGACUUUGAGUGCUGCUGGUGGAGGAGACACUGCAGGAGACGCAGCAGAGGCCCAGUUCCAGUAAAAGGACAACGAGCAGCAGCUCUGCAAUCAAGGUGAACAACGUCCAGUGAAAUGAAGCAUAUCAACAAUAAUGAAAUAAUGGUUUUAUUUAAGAAAAAAAAAAAAAAAAAAAAAAAGUUACCACGAAGACGGUCUCACGACACCUCCUGAGUGGACACGUUAAAAUAAUAACCAUGCUCUCACACAAUGGUGAACAUCCACUGGGGAGAACAACACACACACACACACAGUCCCACUUGUUCAGACACUAUCUCAGGCCCAGUUUCUUCUUCUCUUUCUGUUUCUUGCGAACCACUUCCAUAUUGCGGUCCUUCCACAUGCUCUUCCUCAGUUUGAUGGGACGACUGCCGACAUAUUUCCCUGGACAAACACAGAGAGUGAGCGGGUUUCCAUUUGUAAACAUAACUGAGUCAAUGGUAAGAAAGACAUGAAGGUGGAGGAGUUUUAGUGUGUGUAAAGAGACUGACCGUUCAUCUCUCUCAUGGCUCUGACGUAGUCGUUUGGAUCUUUGAAGCUGACGAAGCCGUAGCCUUUGGUCUUCCCCGUACGUUUGUCUCUCACCACCUGAUGGACAACGGAUUUUUUGUUUUGAUUUCAUUCAGACAGGUGACAAAGGAAAAACCUGAAUAAAUGAGUGUCUCCUG